CAGGUGACAAUAGGACGGAUGCGCACGCCCACACCGCCCAGCGGCGCGGAGAACCUGGCUCUAGACGCGCUUAGUCGGUACCCGGAGAUGCGUGGGUUGCUGUGGACACGCGCCGCGAGGCCAAGCAGAUAAGCGCGCGUGGUCCCACACUACUUAGACGCGUCUUGGUCGCGGCGACUUUCUUGGACGGUUUCCCCACAUCCAGACUCACGAACGUCUGGUGGCGAUUCGACAAGCUUCCGAACCUGACACCCGUCAUCUUCCUCAUGGCGUUCAGGUGCAGCGAGGCUAGCGAGUAAGCCUCAGGAUGGUGGGUCGGUGCUGUUCAAAAUGUCCUAGGGUACGCCAUCGGGCUGCGGGCGCCGACAUCGGCGUUCACCCCGCUGUGCCGAUGACCCAGCCCGCCUGGCCGAGCCAGGCAGUGGAACGACUUGUCGGGCCCGGAGGACACACGUCGCACGAGCACGAGCACAAGCACAUGAGCAGACGCCCAUGCGCGCCGAAGCUUCCUCCGCCACGGCACCGUUUGAGUGUGGCGGCAACUGGAGAGGGGAUGAAUGAGUCCCGUGUGUCAGCCACAUUAUGCCUAUUAUCAAGGGCUGAGCAGCGGUGUCAGUCUGCUGCAACAAACCCAUUUGCCCACCAUCGUGCCACACUGCCACUGCAUCCGAUCUACCCGCUGCGUGACGUCGGUAUGUUGAGCCGGCGCUGCUCGUUUAUAGGGAGUCGGGCCGUCGCCGCCUUCGUUACGUCGCGCAGUGCCCAGCGUCGGCGGCCAUUCGCAAGGAGGCCGUAUCGCUGAGGCAGGCGCUGACGUUUGUGCGUUGGGGAUCGGGUUUGAGCGAUGCGGGCGGGUUAAGAGGUCUGUGUGGGCCGUCGGUGGCACGGGGUAAGG